GCAAACUUUUCGUUGGUGACCGUCUACUAUAUACUAGAAAACGUGGCAAGUUUUCCCGGAGUACCAAGAAGUCUUUCUUUUCGGGAAAAAUGGCGAGAUACGGAGGACUUCCAUGCGAGGUGGUAGCAACCUCAGACUGCAAAGAUGCAAACAGCGACAGCAUCGUUCUGGUUGCAAGCAGUCUUGAGAAAUUGACAGGAUGUCUGGAGCUAUACAAGACGGUGCUCUUGGCUCAACAAAAGGUUGACAGUUCUGUAGGUUGUUCAGUGUCCUUGAUUGCUCUACCGCUGAACCCUCCCAAAGCGUUGGUCUUUUCACCCACUGGUCCAAUCAACAGGGACUACGAUGAUGUCAGACGCUUUGCAGAUGCAGCUGGGGCCGGUAUCCAACGUGCAAUAACAGCAGGCAGCAAGCAUCCACUCCUUGUCUGCGCUCCUGAUGAUACUUUCCCUAAAACCAAUCUGGUAUCUCUGCUUGGUGCAUUGCAAGUCUUGUAUGUGCCCUUUGAGAUCCGUCAAGAUGUUUCUUCUAAGGCCAAGAAGGUGGAGAAACUCCUAGUUUGGUGCGAGGAUGCUGCAAGCAAAGAUGCUCUGAUAAAACAAGCUACGGCUAUCGAGAGUGGAAGGCUGGUAGCCCGUGAUAUCGGUGGAUCUGACCCAGAGCGUAUGGCCGCACCCAAUGUUGCCCAGUAUGUAGCGGGUCUGUUCCAAGACUCGCCAAGCAUCAAGGUGAGCGUUGUUUUUGAUGACAACACUCUGAUGCAGUCGUACCCGCUGUUCUCGGCCGUCAAUCGUUGUGCUAAGCUUGUUCAGCGUCAUCAAGGACGUAUCAUCAAGCUAGAGUAUACAGGAGCAGGCGAAGUGAAGAAAACAUUGAUGCUGGUUGGUAAGGGCGUGACCUAUGACACAGGUGGAGCUGAUAUUAAAGCUGGAGGUCACAUGGCAGGAAUGCACAGAGACAAGUGUGGAGCAGCCACCGUUGCGGGAUUCUUCCAAACCUUGGAUCUCCUGAAGCCCAAGAACAUCAAAGUGAUUGGAACCAUGGCUAUGGUCCGUAAUAGCGUAGGAGUGGAGAGCUAUGUAUCUGAUGAGAUCAUAACAUCGAGAGCUGGUAAGCGUAUUCGCGUCGGUAACACUGACGCUGAAGGACGUAUGGCAAUGGCUGAUUGCCUCUGUGAAAUGAAGGAAAAGGCUGGGAAUGAAGUGAAUCCUCAUCUGUUUACCAUAGCAACACUGACUGGGCAUGCUAUCCGUGCGAUGGGACCCAAGUAUACCAUUAUCUUGGAUAAUGGUCCGGCUUUCCAGACGAAAAAUGCACAGGCCGUGCAGGCAGCCGGUGAUCAAAUGGGCGAUCCCUUUGAGAUUUCAACCAUUCGUAGGGAGGACUAUGAAUUCCACACGGGGAAGUCUGAGUAUGAGGACAUCUUGCAAUGUAACAAUGAGCCAUCUAGCUCUACAGCGCGUGGCCAUCAGUCACCUGCGGCAUUCCUUAUCAUGACCUCCGGCCUGGAUGCGCACGGUAUAGACUCCAAUCAGCCGCUGAAAUAUUCUCACCUGGAUAUCGCUGGUUCAUCGGGCCCCUUCCCAGGGGUGCCAACAGGUGCACCGAUCCCUGCACUAACAUUCAUGUACCUGCUGAAUUAGCGGUCCCGCCCACUCCUCACUCACUCAAGCCCCGCCCAGAUGUGGAGCACUACUGGGCAAUAGAGGUAGAGCUAAAGUUGUUUGUUCAUGUACUCCUUUGUUUAUUUGUUUGUUUGGGGGGAAAUGUUGGGUUAGUGUGGGUACUCAUAAAAUGAGAUUUUGUAUAACUCAAGAUUAGAGAGAUUUUCAAGUUAAUUAUGUUGCCCAGCACUCACGAUAACCAGAGAUGCUAAACAAAGAAAACAUUGGUUAAUAUUGUUUUUUUAAUUUACGGUUCUCUUUUAUUUUAGAAACAUUUGCAAAAUUGUCCACAGUGACUAUAGAUACAUUUGUUUCAUCAGAAACGUUCAUGAGCAAAAUGGCUCAUUAUACUGUGGAUGAUAUACAUUGUAGUUACAUCAGAACAUUCCACGUUUUUGUUACUUUGUGUUUUGCACUUUAAAAGAAAAUAAUUUGUGAGCAAAAAUUGUGUAAUCUUUUGGUUGUUGGAAGAGAUCAAAGAAUCAAAAAGGUAUGUUAAUCCUAUCAGUAAUAAUAAUCAAAGCUAUUUUUGUGAUAGUUAAUGUUCUGCCUUAUUCAACCAAGUAUAUACAUUUGUACGUUGACCUGAAAUUUCUCCGCCUGCAAUAAUAAAACGAUACCUAAAAAAACACUUUCUUUAAAUUUUCAUGUAGAGGAGAUGACAUUUGAAACAUAACACUGAAGUCUCAACUGAAGUCUCUUAAAACUAGAUGUUGAAUCCCAAACCUAAAGAAAAACAAGAUAUGAGCAACAAACUUCUAUCAAAAUAGAUAUUCUGUAUGUGAUCAUAAACAAUGUGUAGCAAAAUAAACCAUGUGAUUUGUUCGUCGACAAGCAGCGGGCCAGAGCCAUAUGAAUCAUUCUAGCGGCUGAACCCUGUAUAUCUCUGUCUCGGGGUAUCGCUUGACAUAUCAGGACGGAUAUGGUUACAUGGAUUAGACCUACUGCGUGAUGGUCAGAUGACACACUUGGAGUUUUGCAACUCCUCAGAUAUUUAGUGUUCCGGCCACUUGAGGUAACUGACCACAAACAAAAACUGUCAGAAAUGAAGGAUUGAAACAUUGCUCCAAUUUGGAAUUGAAUGACAUUGAAUUUAAUUUUCACACUUAAUUAAUUUUAGUAGAUAUGGUCAUUUUGAACUUCCUGCUUGUUUUAACACUUCAUUCCUCUUGACUUCUCUUUUGUUGUUCAUGCUUAUAGUCAGUAUACCUGCAUAAGAUUUGCUUAAUAAUGUGUGAAAUUUGUAGUCAAUUAAUUAGCACCUGUGAUAAUUGGAAUGACCUAGUUUUUUGGGGGGAGUGAGAUAAUUUCUUUUGCUGAAUUUAUUCCUUUAAAAUCGUUUUGAAACGUGAUUGAACUCCAUAGGAAAAUAACAAUUUGUAUUUCCGUCUUGCCAAUGAGGGAUUUUCCAAAAGUUCCAAAUUCACAGAUUUAUUCUUUACUCGAUAUCAUUUAUAGUAAUCAACCUAGUAAAAAUUGUAUAAUUAUGAUUCUUAUUUAGCGAUCUUUAUAACUGAUGGAUUCUGAAUAUGUAGGCAGUCUUAAUGGAAUGAUUAGAUGCAAUAAAUGCAAGCAAAAGAAUCAGACAAAUAAAUCAUUUCUGUGCUAUAUAUAUAUUUAAA